GCCGCCGCCGUAGCUCUCUAGCGCUAGGGCCGCCUCUCGCUCUCCGAGCCCAAGCCGAAAGAGAAGGGGGGUGUAUAAGGAGAAGUUUUCAAGAACAUGGCUCGUACCAAGCAAACUGCCCGUAAAUCCACCGGUGGUAAAGCCCCCAGGAAGCAGCUCGCUACAAAAGCCGCUCGCAAGAGUGCGCCCUCUACUGGAGGGGUCAAGAAACCUCAUCGCUACAGGCCAGGUACUGUGGCUCUCUGUGAAAUCAGACGUUACCAGAAGUCCACCGAACUUCUGAUUCGUAAACUUCCCUUCCAGCGUCUGGUGCGUGAAAUUGCUCAGGACUUCAAAACAGAUCUGCGCUUCCAGAGUGCAGCAAUUGGUGCUUUGCAGGAGGCAAGUGAAGCCUAUCUGGUUGGCCUGUUUGAGGACACCAACCUAUGUGCUAUCCACGCCAAACGUGUCACAAUCAUGCCAAAAGAUAUCCAGCUAGCACGCCGCAUACGUGGAGAACGUGCUUAAACUCCACUAUGGUGGGAAACAUUCUUCAUUCUCAAAACAGAAAAAAAUCUCUUCUUCCUGUUAUUGGUAGUUCUGAACGUUAGAUAUUUUUUUCCCAUGGGGUCAAAAGGUACCUAAGUAUAUGAUUGCGAAUGGAAAAAUAGGGGACAGAAUCAGGUAUUGGCAAGUUUUUUCCAUUUUCAUUUGUGUGUGAAUUUUGAAUAUAAAUGCGAGGACAUAAAGCAUUAAUGCAGUCAAAAAAAAUUUUUCCGUGAACAAGUUUCAAAGAUUCAACUUUAUAACAAUUAUAAAUAAACCUGUUAAAUUUUUCUGGACAAUGCCAGCAUUUGGAUUUUUUUAAAAAGUAAAUUUCUUAUUGACGGCAA